ACUACGUCAUAACAUUAAAAUGACGGUCGUACAGUAAGCUGUCAAAAGCUUGUUGCUUAAAUCUUUGCAGCACUACAAAGUGGAGAAGAAAUUAGGUCGAGCAAGCUUUAAUUCUUGGUGCAGGGCAAGAAUUAGACGGGCUGCCGAACAGACAUAUUGGAAACACUUGACAUCUUGACAUCUUUUUUCGCAAGUUCAGUCGCCGUUUUGUCCGUCUGUCCUCCUGGCUGCUGCGUGAUACCGUUUGCUAACGAUGAGGUCAGCAACAGAAGUGCCUUUAAGAAGACAACCCCCACCCAGCCUGACAUUAGUUCAAAGUCAUAGCUGGUCUAUGCUCUGUUUUUGAAGACAAAUCCAAGAAUUAACACAUGAUACCUCGGCUGCAAACCUUUGGGUGCCAGUUGUCACACAUUCAGCACAGAGAAGAUUGCUAAACUUCAGCCAUAAGAAGAAGAAACGGACAGAGAAAAAUGACCUAAGAACGUCUCCCUCAAAUAACUUGUGGACUUGACUUCUUUUAAAAAAGGACAAAGCUGCAUGUUGUUUUAAUCUCUAGCUUUCAUCACAGCGUGAUUCAUUUUUUUUAAACUGUGAAGUUAACUUUUAACAUUUACUGUGUGGUGAAAACCUCUUGGACAUGGCGCUAAAUACGUCCUCAGUAAGAGACACCAAAUGGCUGACAUUGGAAGUGUGUCGCCAAUUUCAGCGUGGAAACUGUUCACGCAGUGAUGAGGAAUGCAAAUUUGCACAUCCACCCAAGAGCUGCCAGGUUGAAAAUGGGAGAGUCAUUGCCUGCUUUGACUCACUUAAGGGCAGAUGCUCAAGAGAAAACUGCAAGUAUCUCCAUCCUCCUUCUCACCUGAAAACCCAGUUAGAGAUAAAUGGGCGCAACAACCUCAUCCAGCAGAAGACAGCUGCUGCUGUGCUUGCCCAGCAGAUGCAGCUGAUGAUCCCUGGGCCAAGUAUGCAGCCUGUGGGACUUGGCACCAAUACCAGUCUUGGUUAUGGGUCAUACAUCAACUCUUUGAACCAUGGGAUGAGUUUCAUCCCCUCAGACAUCCUCUCCAGCACCCCAGUUCUUGUUCCUGGCAGCUCAGCUGUCACGGUCCAGUGUUCUUCCUCCUCUUCUUCCUCAUCUUCUUCUUCUCCAUCACAGAAGCUGCAGCGUGCAGACAAAUUAGAGGUGUGCCGAGAGUUUCUGCGGGGUAACUGCUCGAGAGGGGAGACCGAUUGCCGCUUUGCUCAUCCCACUGACAGCCCAAUGAUUGACACCACCGAUAAUACAGUCACUGUUUGCAUGGACUACAUCAAGAGCCGCUGCUCCAGGGAGAAGUGCAAGUAUUUUCACCCGCCAACACACUUGCAGGCCAAAAUCAAAUCCAGUCAACAACAAGUCAGUCAGAUGGGGAUGGCAGCCCAGGCCACAGCUGCAGGCAUGACUCAGUCGACCGCCAAAGCAAUGAAGCGACCCCUCGAGGCAGCUCUAGACCUGGCCUUUCCACCCAGCGUCCUGCAGCCCCUACCAAAGAGACCAGCCCUUGAGAAGAGCAGCUGGGCCAGCUCUCUCCUUUCACCCAGUUUAUUGUACUACCAGCAGGCUUUGGCCAAUACACAAUUACAGCAGGCUACAGCAGCAUUUUAUCCCACAGGUUCUGUCUUUUGCAUGACUCCUGCUAACAACAUUGUCCCCAUGAUGUACAGUGCUACGCCUGCUACUGUCUCUGCAGCAGCCACUCCUGCCACAAGUGUCCCCUACGCAGCAACAGCACCAGCCAAUCAGAUCAUCCUCAAGUAACCAUCAGAAACAGAGGUCACUGCCACGUUGCAGCUGUUAAAGGUCCCGAACAGCCUCCCUACAAACAUUCUGCUAACAUCACACACCGCAUACAACAACCUGCAUGUUAAUAAUGUUGCUACUGAAAUGCUCAAGUAUGACGGUUACUUUGCAUCAUAAAGCUUUGUUGUUAGUGCACGCUUUUAUGCCUCUGUUAAAAUGCAUGUUCAAUAUUUCCCCCCUUAUACCAGUUCUCAUGAAGUCAAGGGUAAAAGUAUUGUCUAUUUAUACACUUUGUACAAGAACCUGCUCUGUUAAAGAGGCAUUUCUGAAGAAAUGCAACCAGGAGAGUCACAAAGCUGACAACACAGUGUAAAUACAAUAGAAGCACGUUCUUGUGAACUAUUCUAAACACAAAGAUUAUAAAUCUUACCUAUAAACCAUUUAAGUAUGUAUAUAUUUAUGGUUCAAAACAUUCAGGUUGGUGACAGAAAUGUCAGUUGGGUCCUAUAUUGCAGAUUGCUUUUACCUUCUUGAAUGUGUUAUUUAAUUAAAGUUUUUUUUAUAACGAUUUCAUAGUGCCAGAUUUAAUUGUAUUUAACAAACUAGUAGAAAGCACUUAUUCUAGCUUUUAACCUCAUGUUAUAUUGUGUAAUAUGAUAGCUGGCUUAUGGACAUCCCUUUAAAAAGCUCAGAGAGAUGCCAGAAAACUGGAUCAGUGCCCCACCUUCUGGUGUGCCUUUGCAUUGCAUAGACAGGUUCUAUGCUGAGAGGAAAUGCUGUAUAAUCCAUCUGAUGUCAAAUGAUCUCUCAUGAGCCACAGUAAUAGACCCAUUAACAAAACUUUAUGUACUUUCAACAAUAUAAACUUCAUAUUACAAGUCAGAUGUUUAGAAGAUACGGUGUAAAAGUAGCUAUAGGUAUAAAAGACAGCUGAGAUUACAACUGCUAAUAUUUAAACUAAAGGUGUUGUGUGAACAUUUUCACUGUCACUGCUUUGUUUGAAUGUUCCAAGUGCCUAAACAAGUGUAGGUAGAACUGCUUAAUACAGUCCAUACUUUCCCAGAACGUAGAGGUUACAUUUAGAAACGUUCCUGGAACUUACCAGGCCCUUUCCAGAACUUACCAGGAACUUUCGUAGACUUUCAUAGAACUUUUGGUCACUUUUCCAGGACUUACUGUGUACUUUUAGAAAUGGAGCUAAAUUAUGAGGUGAUUUGUAACUUUUCUGGAACUUACCAGGUUCUAUAUAAGUUUUACAAAGUACAAUGUAAGUACCUAGAUACCAGUCACCUCACUAUACACUCUGCUUCUUUAAAGUACCGAGUAAGAUCCAGGAAAACAACUAGUAGGUUAUAUAAAAGUUCCAUUAAACUAAGUGGUAAAUUCUAUGAAACUUCUAGGAAAGUACUUGGUAAGUUCAAUUUAGGUACCAGAAAAGAGAACUUGGUAAGUUCUGGGAAAGUAGUGGACACCUAGUAUAUUCCAGAAAGGAUCCGGGAAAAUUUUGGGAAAAUACCUGGUAAGUUCUAGAAGACCUUCAGAAAAAUGUGUGUCAAGUUUCAGGAAAGGUUGGUAAAACGAUCUCAAAGUUCCUGACAGGUAACCUCUACUCCCAGGGAGGUGGAGGCUGUGCUGCGUGGUGCUACUGAAUCAACAACAUCUGAAAAUCUUUAAAAAGUUUUGCGUGGAAACCACUUCAGUAAUGUACUAAUUAAGUCACUGUUUAAGAUAGAUUUCCAUGUGUAGGUUGCAGUGCCAUGUCAGGGCAUUUUCUUUAAAUCCAGAUAAGAUUUAGUCCUUGAAUACAUUUCUCACCAGUGUUAAAGCAGGUAUGUACUGUGCAUAGGACUUCAUAUCCAGGUUUUACCAGAUUUAAAAUGAUAAUUUUAAAAACUAUAUUAAAAUACUUUAUGGUAUGAUAGAAUUUCAGAAGAAAAUAUAGUUUUGGUGAAAUGUAUUUGUGUGGUUAAACCAUCACAGCAGCCAGACUUGACUAUUGUUUCUGUUAAAACAAGCAUUUCUGUCUUGUAUAUUUGUAUUUUCUUAGACAUCUUUUAGUUCUGUAUCUUGCAAACCUUAACACUUCAUUAGUUGAUAUUAAAAAAAGUACACAUUAAUAUUUUGAUAGUUUAGGACACUUAAAAUGUAUUCUAUUAUAUUUUAUGAUGAAUGUAAUUUAUUAGGCUGACUUUGGAUCUGUUCAGUUCCUUUAAAAACCUCAACUCAUAGUUUUAGCCUAUUAAAAAAUAGAUGAAUCAGGAUACAGAAGAAACUAAAAGCAUUCAGUCCAUGUCACUGCCUUGUUACCUGUAAGAGACAACGAAUGUCUGUGUAAGCAAGGCUUGUGAGUUGCUUGUUAUGUGCAGAGGUGCAUUGCACCAGUUGUACAAAGAUGUAAUGCUAAAACAGUUUGUAGUGUAAUACUAUUCAAAUUAUUUGUACAGCACUUUCUUUUAAAAUGUUACAGAGUGCUUCUUCACAUGAGUAAGUUUGACGAACUGGUUCAGAAAGAUAUUUAUAAGAUUAAAACAAUAACAAACUUCAGUGUAUUUUACGGGUGUUCAUUUGAUAAAGGAACAGUACCGCAUUAUUAAGUGGACAGAAAAAGAAAACAUGGUUUUGAUUUUUUUUUUUACAAAUGAAAAUCAAAAAAGUAUGGAAAGCAUUUGUUUUCAUCUUUUUGUACUCUGAAGUAGAACAUUAGCCCUGAGAAGCUGCAGAGACCCCAGUGGGAGAAUCUGCUGUCAGCACAUCUACUAGUCUUUAUGGAUGAAAAGUGGAAAGACAUAACAAGUACAGUUUGCAGUUUGUUACAAGCCAAGCAAACAUCUGUAAUAAGGUGCUCUGGUAAGAUGAGAGUAAAAUUUAACUUUCUGGCUUACAUGCAAAGUCGUAUGUGUUACGCCUCUGAGACAACAGAGGACGUUGUCACAGCGUUCUAUCCACUGAUUAAUUUAGGGGUGAGCCAUCUUCCAGGCUCAAAGGGGUGAAAGAUCGACUGAAGGUCAAUCUGUGUGACCAGCUCGCCUGCAGUUUUACAGCAAACCCACCUGGAAUUGGGGCAGAUCUUUCACGUCACAUCAUUUCUUGGUUUUAACACACGCCAGAAGGGUCAUGCUGGAGUGGACUGAGAUAGGACAGAUUACUGGCCUUUAUCCAAGGGUAAAUAGGACAAAACUGAUGAGGCAUUCUUGCUCCAAAGUGUUUAACCACUUAGAACGUUUGAUGAUGUUGAACCAUCAUUUUGGAGUUUACACUCCAUGCUGCCUUUGGUUCUGCUUUAUUUUCGCAAAGUAUAUUCUUGACUUGAUUGGUGAUUUAUGAACCGUGGUUAUGCUGGUUUUUAAAAUAAGUGGUUUUUUUGAAAGAAGAUUCGAACUCAUCACAUUGCCCUGAACACACAAUCUGCGUGUGAAACAUUUUGAUGGCAGCAUCAAAAGAAAGAAACGCUGUUAGACACUGCACAGGUUUGAGACUGGUCACAUUACAACAGGACGACUAUCAACAUACAGCACAAAGCUACAAUUAAGUAGUUUAUCGCAAAGUAUAUUCAUGUGUUAAAAUGUCCCAGUGAAAGUUCAAACCUAAAUCUAAUUCAAAAUCUGAUCCACGUAAAUCCAAAAAAAUACAUUGAAGUUUGUAGUUGUAGAGCAGCAAAAUGUUAAAAAAAAGUUAAUACAUUGGCAAGAAAUUUAAUUUGUAAAUUUUUUUAAAUUGUUACUAGACAUUUAUUUACAGCAGUCUAUGGUGGACCUAAACACAAAAGCUUUCUGCAUACAUUGACUCCCAAAUCAGCUAUCCUGAGACUCUAUCAGUGUCUUUAAAAGAAAUACAUGAAAUAAGUAAAAAUCUACCCUUCCCUCUUAAAUGAGAAUCACAAAUCUUGUAUAAGUCACUGUAACUAAUAACCAAACUAGAUUAUAAUGGUUUUUAAAACCCCUGAUGUCACUAAUCUUAAUUAAAUAGAUGUUACACACUGCUCUACUUAAUGCUGACAUGUCGAUAGUUCAGAAGACGUAUUCAGUUUUAAAGUGCGAUUGCUUUAAAUUUGAGUUUAUCACUAGCUACGGAUAUGACCUUUUUUUCCCUUUUAUUUGGCCUUCAAAUGUAAAGCAUAUUUCUGAAUAUUUGUCUUGUUUUUUCGUAUUAAGAGCUUAGAAGGAACACACAUUGAGAUGUUUUAGUGUUGGAUAUUGAAGACGUGAUGAUUUGGACAGUAAGAAUGUUCAGUCUUACUGAAAGGAACACCUCUUCAGCACUUUGUCAACUGUCAAAUGACUGAGAAGAUUUAUUUGUUACCUUUGCCUUAUCUUUGACCUAUCCUGAGUUUAUAUUUGUUCUUAAACUAUUGAGGUCAGUGAAAUAAGUUUGACAGUUUUUGUUAAUGUUGAAUAUGUUUAGAGUUUGAAAAUGUAGUUGCAGAAUGUAUUACGAACCUAAAUGCUGAAUUGCGUGACGUUGAUAGGAUUGAUCAGCUUGGCAUUGUUUAUGAUUAAAUUAAAGAGUUAGCCAUCUCUUAAAGCAGCCAUGCUGGUGCAAUCGGGUUGCAUCCUGGUGGGAGUUAUUUGUGCAUAAUUAUACAUUUCAUGUGGACAGUUUUGUUCAUGUAAAUUCAAAACUGUGUAAAAUCUGAGAUAUUUCAAAUAAAUUUAUGUCCUGUA